AUGGCUUCUCCAACUUGCGACCAAAAGAAAUUGACCAUUGUUCGACUGGUUGAGAAGGAGUGCUUGGCACAGAUCAAGACUGCUGAGGCUGUUCGCGACCUGAAGUGCCUGGAAAUCAAGGCAAAGUACAGAGACAAGAAGGAGCAAGCAUGUCUCGACCUUGAACAGCAGGAAAAGAAUGAGUUGGACGAGAUCACACGGCUUCACGAGGUCCGAAUGAAUCCUAUCAGGGCCAAGCAUCAAGAGAAGCUUUCAGCAAUCAGGGAGCAGUAUGGCAUAGCCGUCCCUGAAGCUGGACUCCAGGCAUCUCCCACUUCUGAGUACCCCAGCUCACCACCCACUUUAGCCACGACUCCACGGCUUGCUAAUCAGAAGAAGGCUGCGCCAUGCAAAAAGAAUCACAUCACCAGCUACCGAUCCAAUGACGAUACUCACGAGUCUAGCGAUGAGUCGAACACAUCUAUCCCCGCAAUUUCUCAUGAGGCAAGAAACAAGCUCAGACUUGCUGCUCCCGUGAUGAAACGGAAGAGAGUUCAGAGCAUCGAGUUGACAGGCGAUGAUGAUGAAUCGGACUUCGUUCAGAACCACACCAAAGAUGACGAGGACGAUGAACAUGAUGAUGCCGAUGAUGAUGACGACGAUAACCUUUUCGAGAUUAUGCGGACUAGGCCUUCUGGAAGAUCUCGCAAGUCGGUCAUGAGUGCCCCCGGAAAGAGCUUUGGACGGAACACUGUGCCGUUUGCUUCGUCAAGAGAGCCGGAGACUGGGCCCCGUCAGACUGAAUUAAAUCACACCUUCAAACCUCGCAACAAGGCAUCUCCACCCAGUGGCGAGACAGAUGACCAAGCUGAGGAGGAAGAUGAGAACAAGAGCAUCUGCAGUGUCCCAGGCUUCACGUCGAAGCCUCCGACCCAGUCGACUUGA